UCGCUCUGCGAACGUCGCCAGAUUGAUAGGAUAUAACACUCGUCAGCGCUGAUGGUUACCAUAUGAUCGGUCGUUGAAUGUGUCGUCAGUUCAACAGACAGGCGCCCCCUGUUCGUUGUCACCGAGCAGUGCUCUUAAUAGAUUCAGUUCAGAGUCCGUUCGAUUUGCGUCGAACGCGAUAUCAUUUACAGGCUGUAUCGAAUGCACUAUUGAGCGACUAUAAAUACAAAAAUUUAGCGAAUUUCGAAUCAAGUUAGAGCAAGCUUUCGGAGGCGUUUCGGUAGUAAUCCACAUAUUCGUAUUUGUGUUUAAUGGUUCCCGUUCACAUGUGUGACUCGUAAAAGAUCGUUCAAGGAACUUGCACAUCGUUGUACAUCUGUACAAAAUUUUAGCAGAGGCGGCCGUGAAAGAUGCAGUCAGCUCCUCCAGCUGUUCCGGGCUACGGAGGUGCGGGAGGUUACCCACUGAACAACAACUAUGGAGCUCCAAUGCCGCCGCAACAGCAACAACAACAACAACAGCAGCAGCAGCAAGGUCCUUCUUCGAAGCAGGUUUUUUCACCGUCUCAAGGCCAGGGCGACCAACUUGCUUCACAUAUGGGCAAUUUGCAGAUUGGCGGAGGGCCACCUCUAGGCGCACCACAGAUAAACGGACUCAGUCAUGGACUCUUGAAGCCGCUUCAGCCUUAUCCUAAUGGCCACCCGGGGUAUCCUCCACAAGCAUCAUCCGAGCAGCAAUAUGGUCCAGCCCCCGGUCAACAUGGAUUACCCCCCAUUGAUAAGCCUGGUCCAUCUAAUGGCAUAUCGCAAAAUGGGCCGUCUAUAGAAUCUUAUCAGAUGGGUCCUACCCCUAUAAGCGGUAUGCCUCCAUCAACGGGAGCACAUCACCCAGGCGGGCCUUCUCAAAUGGGGUCACCACAGCCAGGCAGACCUGUUAUGGGCGCACCUCAAGUUGGGGCUCCUCCUAUCGGUCCACAUCAACAAAGUGGUGGUUCUACGGGUUUACUCCAAGGAGGGGUGCCUCCGAUGGGCAUACCGCAAGUUGGGGUUUCACCAAUGGGUCCGCCGCAAUGUGGACCGCCGCCAGUAGGUCCUCCUCGUUCAAACGGACCUCCACGGAUUGGUUUGCCUCAGUCAAGUGGACCUUCUCAGAUGGGUCUUCCUUCAGUGGGAGGUCUGACUAGCGGACCGCCAUCAAUGGGUGCUACUCCUUCGGGUCCACCGAUGGAAAAUCCAGCUGGCCCUCACUUUAGAAAUGCGGCUCUGUCCGGUCCGCCAACUUCAGAUGAAGGCCCUUCAUCAGGUAAAAGCCCAAAUGGACCUUCUGGAAGUAUGCCUUUAAAUGCAUCCUCUAUGGGUGCACACAGUGGACCGGAGAGCAUCCCUCCAAGACCGCCGAUGCAACAAGGCCCUCCAAAUCCGAUGAUACCACCAAUGACUGGUCCCCCUCAAGGGUUGCCUCAGGGUCCACCAACCCAAAACGGGGUUCAGAACAGGCCCAAUACUGCCGUUCAACCACCUUCGCUAGGGGGUUAUCACAGCACACAACACCAACAGGGCUACAACAUGAGCUCACCUAUUUCACCACCCGGACGGAUUCACCCACCGAAUCAGCCUCCCCAGAUUGGUCAGGGUUUUGUACAAGCCCCACCGUCUAUGUAUGGGCAGCCCAAUGGGCAAUAUCCUUCACAGGCAAUACAGCAACAGCCGUAUCCAGGGCCACCCCAGCAAUCCGCUGGAUAUCCAGGCCCGCCGCCCGGCAAUUAUCCCCAAGGCAGUUACCCCGGUACUCAGCAGAGACCUGGAAUGCAAAGUCCUCAACAGCAGCGCAAGCUCGAUCCUGAACAGAUGCCGAGUCCUGUACAAGUUAUCCAAGAUGACCGGAAGAACAAUGCAGGGCCUUUCGGAACAUCAAAAUUAGGCCAGUUGCCACCGCUUGUCACUACAGACGUCGAGGUGCAGGAUGAAGGCAAUGCGGCUCCCAACUACAUACGUUCAACCGUCUACAAUGUGCCAUGCAGUCCAGACAUUACUAAACAGACCCAGGUGCCUCUAGCACUUGCGAUCACGCCCUUCGCUAGACACCCUAGAACCGAUGGCGCCCUACCGGUUUCGAUGUUUAAUGAUGAAAUCGUACGUUGUAACCGCUGUAAGGCGUACAUGUGUCCUUUUAUGCAAUUUAUGGAUGGGGGACGGCGGUUCCAGUGCGUCUUCUGCAAGGGUACAACCGAAGUGCCCCAGGGCUAUUUUAACCAUCUCGAUCAUAUGGGUCAGCGUGUUGAUAAAUGGCAACGCGCCGAGCUUUGUCUCGGCUCGUACGAGAUUCUUGCGACAAAGGAGUAUUGCAAGAACAAUGUGUUCCCGAAACCACCGGCGUUCAUUUUCGUUCUCGAUGUCAGCUAUAAUGCUGUCAAGUGCGGCAUGGUGCAGCUUUUCUGUCACAAUAUCAAAGAGAUCCUUCAAAAUCUACCUACUGAGGAGGGUAACCAGGAUGAGUCGAACAUUCGCGUCGGAUUUAUCACUUACUCGUCGCAAGUACAUUUCUACAAUAUCGACAAGCGGCUAUCACAACCGCAGAUGAUGGUAGUACCUGACGUGGCCGAUAUGUUCGUGCCCUUCCUUGAGGGCUGUCUUGUUAAACCUAGUGAGGCAAUGCACGUUAUUGAGAGUCUCGGCCAAGAGAUUCCGCGCAUGUUUGCCGACACGCGUGAAACUGAGACCAUUCUUGGGCCGGCAAUCCAAGCAGGCUUAGAAGCUCUGAAGGCAGCCGAAUGUACUGGUAAGCUGUUCGUCUUCCAUACGACAUUACCAACGGCGGAAGCUCCUGGCAAGUUAAAGAAUCGCGAUGACCGCAAAAUGCUAGGAACAGAAAAGGAAAGGAUUGUUCUUACGCCAGCCUGUGCAUACUAUCAGGAGCUAGCAACGCAAUGCGUAGCGGCCGGAUGUUCAAUCGAUCUCUUUCUUGCUAAUAAUUCAUUCGUGGACUUAGCGUCUAUCGGCCAGGUGACCAAAAGCACUGGUGGCCAAGUGUACAAAUACACAUACUUCCAGAGCGAAGUCGAUGGCGAGCGAUUUUUGUCUGAUCUACGGCGGAACCUUUCGAAGCCGAUUGCGUUUGAUGCUGUCAUGCGUGUCCGCACAUCGACGGGUAUUCGUCCCACAGAUUUCUUCGGUAACAUCUUUAUGCAGAAUACGACGGACGUCGAACUAGCCUCGAUUGACUGCGACAAAUGUGUCACGGUUGAGCUAAAAUAUGAUGAUAAACUCCCGGAAAAUGAGUGCGCUUACAUACAGGUAGCUUUGCUCUACACAUCGGUGGGGGGCCAACGAAAGCUUCGAUUGCACAACCUUUGUCUGCAAACGACACAGCAAAUGGCCGACAUGUUCCGCAACUGUGAACUCGAUACCAUCAUCAAUCUCUUUUCUAAGCAGGCACUCAGGCAAUUACUCGAAUCGUCUCCGAAAAGUGUUCGGGAGGCCGUGACUUUACGAGCAGCUACAAUGUUAGCAAGUUAUCGUAAGAAUUGCGCUACUGCGUCUUCUAGUGGACAACUAAUUCUGCCCGAGUGCAUGAAACUUUUGCCCCUCUAUGUCAACUGUAUGAUGAAAUGCGACGCUUUGUCCGGAGGUCCAGAACUAACGGUGGACGAUCGUUCAUUUGGCAUGAUUUCGUUGAACUCGAUGGAUGUAAGGGCGUCGCAGGUGUACCUGUAUCCACAGCUUUUGCCCGUCCACGACCUGGAUUUUUCCGAUGACGACAAUACUAUUCCGAUUGCGAUGCGGGCCUCUGUCGACAAACUGAACGAGCACGGAGCAUAUAUUCUAGAAAAUGGCGUACACAUGUUCCUCUAUGUCGGCGCACAGGUAGAUUCUACGUGGUGUGAAGGCGUCUUUGGUGUUAAAACCACCGCGGCUAUCGAUCUGGAACGAGGACUUCCGCGUUUCAACUCGCCAGCGUCGCUUCGAUUGUAUCGACUUAUCGACAAACUUCGAGCUGACCGACCACGUUUUAUGGGUCUCUAUCUAGUUCGACAGGGAGAUAAGCGUGAACUCGUACUCCGGCAAUUCCUUGUUGAAGAUCGAAUGAGCGACGUACAACUGUCCUACGUGGAUUACCUUUGUCAGCUGCACCGAGACAUCCGAGGGUUGAUCGGUUAAACUCUGUGUUAGGUCUGCUUGUGAGUUUACAAAAUGCAACCAUAUUUCAAUAAAAUUUCUAGAAAGCGCUCACAGAAGUCGUAAACGCUGUGCAAUGAAGAUACACGACCUAUGCGUGUUAUCCAUACGGACGUACUCUAUAUAUGCGUAGGCCGUGCAACAAUAAUAAUGUAUCAAUAUUGAGCAGAAAAAUCAUCACAUGAGGCCUUCUAGAGACAAGCCAUCAAUGAAGUAAAGGUCAGUAAUUGAGAAGGAUGCAAGGGCUGACGAUGUUAUCAAUACUAACAUGAAGAGCUUUUGUUUCUGAAGGGUUUAGAUGCAAUCGGGAAGCCAGUUGAUGCGAUGAUUCUAAUAGAGAAAAAGAGACGCAGUAAACAAGCUAUGAAUCUGUCGGUGUAUUAUUAUGUGAUCACGGUAUCGAGUUGUAUCAGAUGGUGUAGAAACAAAGCAAGUGAGGUAAUAAAGUGGCAUAAUUUGGCAGGAGCCGAGGGAAGCCUCUUGACGUGCCCCGUUGACACGUAGAAGCGAAUGCUUUGAUCUAUAUAAUAGGUUUAAAUAUGCGACUGUUGUUUAUACAGAUGUAUUGGGAAGAAAUCUAUAAGAAUAAUAAUGAUAUAGAGCAAUGAUGUUUAGUUAAGUAACUAAGAGAAAUUUUUUGACGAAUGUGCAUUCGGAUGUAAUGACUAGUGAUUAGAGAAUGGACGCAACAGGGAUCUAAGGAACACAGAGCGUGCAACGAAUCAGCUGGUGCAAACAGCUGGCCGAGAAUAAAAAUAAAAUGUGGAAAGUGACUGGCGCUCAAGCUAGUUCUUUGUUAUGGAUACCGGUGCAUUCAUGACGUGUGUGAAGUUUUUUGUGAGAUGGUCAGAAAACCCUAGGCGCCACCGUAUAGUUAAGAUGAGAUGCUUUUUGGUUAACACCCGUAAUAGUUUUUAAUGCACGAAAUUUCCGUUUUUCAUAUCGAUCCAUAUAAAUAAAAACAGAGCGUAUAUGUUUAAGCCUA